GCCAUGAGACCGUGCCCCCCUCCAUGUGCGAAAACCAGAUAAAAUCCGUAAACUCUCGUUCUCCUUAGGUUCAAACCCGAAAUUAAAGCCCUGGUUCGUUCCUGGUGGGCCAAAUUACCACGAGGAUCAAAGAGUUUUGAUUUGAUGUGAUUUAUUUAUAACACUGAAACGGGUCGAAUGGGCUCUUGUUCAGCUGCAUAAGGUGUUUGAAUCCUCUCGAAAUCAUCAUCUUCUUCUUCGCUGAUGGUACUUUUCGUCGAUUAUGGCUAACUCUAUUAGUUCUCUAAUCUCGCUGCAGGUGGAAGUCCUCUCAUUCGAAUAAGAUUACUCGAAUAUCUAAUUGCACGUGCUCUCAAAAGUCCAAACCCUAAUUUUUGAAAUCAAUCCAGCAACCGGAAAGAACUGCGUAUUCGCCACCAGUGAUUUCUACUCGUUUCAUCCAGCGAUCGACGAAUUCUGCUCGUUUCAUACAGGUGAACGACGAAUUCUGCUCGCUUCAUUCAGGCCAGUGGCAGAGGCGAUAUUUUCUGCUGUUUUGCAGGACUCUAAUGCAUUCACUUAAGCUUAGUGCUGGUUGGGCACGCCAGUUCUCAACAUCGUUUUCUAAAGAACCUUGUAUGGUUCCAUGGAUCAGAGCCAGAUCCCCAAAACCCGACCCUCCAACAGAAAUCCCAAGAAAGACCAAAUAUAUUUCUCACGAAUCGGUUAUCAAGUUGAUCAAACGUGAGAAAGAUCCACGCCGUCUUCUUAGCAUUUUUAACAUGGUGACUAAUCAAAGGGGUUUUAGUCACAAUCACUCGACUUAUGCUGUUACCCUCCACCAACUCGCCCGUUUAAAAGAAUUUGAACAUGUAGAUUUGGUUCUUCAUCAAAUGACAUAUGAAACCUGCAAGUUCCAUGAAAGUAUAUUUCUUGAUCUUAUGACGCAUUUCUCAAAAUCUUCACUUCAUAACAGGGUUGUAGAGAUGUUCAAUGCGAUCCAACCUAUCGUUCGUGAAAAGCCGUCACUAAAAGCUGUUAGCACAUGUUUGAAUCUUUUAGUUGACUCGAAUCAAGUUGAUCUAGCAAGAAGUUUCCUCUUGCAUACCAAAAAGACUCUCGACUUGCAUCCCAACACUUGCAUUCUCAACAUUUUGGUUAAACAUCACUGCAAAAACGGGAAUAUCGAAUCUGCAUUUGAGGUGGUAAAGGAGAUGAAGUUAUCGGAUGUUUCUUACCCUAAUUUGAUCACUUAUUCAACUUUAAUGGAAGGUCUUUGUGAAACAGGGAGACUGCAAGAAGCAAUCAAUCUUUUUGAGGAAAUGGUUUCCAAAGAUAAGAUCGUUCCUGAUGCGUUGACCUACAAUAUUCUAAUUAACGGGUUUUGUCGUGGUGGGAAAGUUGAUCGGGCUAUAAAGAUAAUUGACUUCAUGAAGAAAAACGGGUGCGACCCGAAUAUAUUUAACUACUCAACUUUAAUGAACGGGUUUUGCAAAGAAGGAAAUCUACAAGAGGCGAAAAGGGUGUUCAAUGAAAUCAAAGGUGUCGGGUUACAUCUUGACAAAGUUGGUUACACCACAUUUAUCAAUUGUUUGUGUAGAAGUGGGGAAAUCGAUGAAGCUAUUCGGGUUUUAAAAGAAAUGGAAGAAAAAGAUUGUAAAGGUGAUCAUAUCACUUUUAAUAUUAUACUUGUGGGACUAUGCAGGUAUGACAGAACUUAUGAAGCUCUUGAAAUGCUGGAAAGACUACCUUACGAAGGUGUUUAUUUGGACAAAUCUAGUUAUAGGAUUGUGCUGAAUUCUCUAUGCAAGUUGGGAUAUUUGCAGAAAGCAACAGAGUUGGUUGGUGUGAUGGCGAGCAGGGGAUUCCUCCCUCAUUUUGCUACAUCGAACGAGUUGCUGGUCCAUCUGUGUGAAGCUGGAAGUGUUGUGGAUGCAGCCAUGGUGUUGGUGGUGUUGGCGCAGAUGGGGUUUAACCCUGAACCGCAUGUGUGGAGUCGGCUCGUGGAGGUAAUAUGUAGGGAAAGAAGGUUGCUCUCUACAUUUGAACUCGUUGAUGUAUUGACAAAAGGAACCGCAGAUGGUGGGAACAGAGAAAGAUUUAGAACCAUGACAAGUGAAAGUCGCAUUUGAAGUUGAUGUGUUUAUGAAAUGCAACUUUUCAAGACGAGAUAACACCGGUUAUACAUGACCAAGCUUCAAAGAGCCUUUGUUGGUGUUUAGCUAUUCUAUAAGUAUAGAUUGUGAUAACAAUGUUUUUAUAAUGCAACUUCAGUUACAUAAAAAGAUAACUUACACCAGUUACAUCAAAGAAAGUUUUACAUGUUACUUAGCAGAAAACUCAAACAACCAAUUCAAUUGAGGUUUGAUUACGGUACCGGUUAUUUUAUAAUAGAUCUUCACAGUUUGGUAA